GGACGUAGUUAAGUUGUUUUUUCUCGUUUGGUUUAAACUCUUGGGGGCUAUGGAUUCAAGUCAUAAUUUGAUUCAGAUAAUAGAUGAAGACUAUAGGUUCAAUGAAAAUUUACAAAAACAGAUUUCUAGUUGGGAAAAUUUUAUAAAGUCUGGGUUUGAGUAUAGCAUUAUCAGCAUUCUGGGGCCUCAGUCAGGCGGCAAAAGCACAUUACUUAACUAUCUAUUUGAUACUUCCUUUCCUCAAAUGGAUCCUUCAACUCGUAGUCAAACUACAAAAGGUUUAUGGCUCGCCUAUGACCCAAAAAAAAAAUGUCUUAUAAUGGACGUGGAGGGGACUGACAGUAAAGAACGCGGAGAACAACAUAUAAACUUUGAAAGGAAAAGCGCUCUGUUCUCCCUUGUCCUCUCAGGAAUCCUUAUAAUAAACAUAUGGUGCCACGAUGUAGGCCGCUACAGUGCCUCCAAUUAUGAUACCCUUAAAACAGUCUUUGAGCUCCACAUAAAUCUUUUUUGCACACCAGAUUCCCCUAAAACUCUUCUUCUUUUUUGCCUCAGGGAUCGGCAACUUACGCCACUCGAGCAGCUAAAAAGAACACUUGUUGAAGACUUGAAGGCAAUAUGGGAAAGUGAUAUCAAAAAGCCUUCUCACGCCUUAAACUUUGCAAUUGAGGAAUACUUUAUCUUUAAAUUUGUCUGCUUGGCGAGCUAUGUUUUUGAAAAGGACGAGUUUAUAAAAGAAGUUUCUGAACUAAGAAAGAGUUUCGAGGAUCCAAAAGACGAGGGCUACUUACUAAGUAAAGCUGCCCUCACUCGGAUCCCAGCCGAUGGUUUUUCUGAGUACGCGGCCCGUGUGUGGGAGCAGAUCAUAGACAACAAAGACCUGGACCUGCCAACUUUAAAAGAAAUGCUGGCCACGUGUCGCUGCGAUGAGCUUAUGUCGGAAGCUGUUGCAAACUUUCGAAUUGGGGCGGAGCGCCUUCGCGACCGUCUAAGCCAGGGCGUGGUCGUUAAUACCUUUUUGGAGGAGACUAGCGAACUGCUGGUGGAAGCUUUUCAGCUCUACGAUGGCCCAGCUUCUUUGUACCACGAGCCCGUGUACAUAUCUCGCCGAACUGCGCUGGGCGAACAGACCGGAGAAAUUUUAGAACAGCUCCGCACUUUGCAAACCCGCAAUAUCGUGGACCAUGAAACUAGAGCCAUGGAGGAAAAUAUUUCAGACACUAUUUUAUACUUAAUGACUGAAGCGCCGCGAGACAUGUGGAUCAAAGUCUCACAGGAAUAUUCUCGUUUGUUAGACGAGACUUCCAUCCGACUGAAGGCUCAUGGAAAAGGGCUCUCAGAUUCUGCAAUCGAAACCGCUUUUCAGGACUUGAAGGAAAGAGCCAGACAAUUGGUUCAAAGAAAGGCGAAGGACUGCACGUUGAAUCUGGCGUCUACUUUGGUCAGAAUAUUCGAGAAGAGUUUCAAGUACGACGCUGCGGAUGUCCCCCGCUCAUGGGGCGCGGGCGAUAAUAUCCCCGAGCUCUACAAGGCGGCCAGGGACAAGGCCUUGGAGUACUUAGCCCUAUUCUCAGCCAUGACCCUCGAGUACCGAGAUGAGGGGGUGAAGGUGGAGCUGCUCUCCCCUGCAGAAAUCUUACGAGUGAGGAACGUUUUUCUGCAUGAGAUCCGGCCGAUUUACCAGGAGUGCUGCCAGAUCAGAAGGCAAAACAUGUCACUAAGGAGUAUCCCUUUCUGGGUGUAUGCACUGGUACUAGUCCUUGGAUACAACGAGUUUGUCUACCUCUUUCAAAUGGCCACCAACCCCCUCAACUUUAUGCUACUGCUUCUCGCUAUUAGCAUUGCCGUCUGCUUUGCUCUACUACGAAAACUUCGUCUUUUGGGUGUGGCCGAGGAGCUAGCCCGCGCAGCCCUAGGGGAGAUCUCAGAAAAGGCACGGCAGCUGGUUUAUGGGGAUGCAAGAGCGCAAUUAAAAGAAGAGUAA